AUGGAGUGUCCAAAUUGUAGGAACAUUGAACAAGGUCAAUGGUUGUAUGCAAGUGGCCCUCUAGAUCAAGAUAUCAUUGCUGAAGAGUAUGAAGAUGAAGAACAAGAGCAAGAUGAAAUUGAUCUCGGAUCCUUUCCUGACAUGCUUCCAUCGAUCAUGCCCAGAAGUAGUUUACAUGCACCACUCGACCGUGGUCCAACUGUGUUCCCAUAUGGUCCGAGACAAUUUGGUGGAAAUGGAAUANCCACAAAUCCUUGGUUACCUCCAUAUGGUCCGAACCAGUUCCUUUACGAUGGCUUCAUGAACUUCGAUGAAUUCAUAAGACGUGAUCUUACCUUGGAGAAUAUAAUUUUACAAAAUCGGUUAGAUCAAAACGUGGCCCUUCUUGCUGCUCAUGAACGUAACUUACACCCUAGUAUGGGGAGUUAUGGUGGUGGCGAAAGCAGCCGUAGUGGAGACCGAAGGAGAGACGGAGGCGGAGGAAGUGGCAACGGCGGGGAUACCAGUAAUUGUGGUAGAAGUGGCUGA